AUGCAAAGGUUUAGAAAAGACCCAAUGAUAAGACAGCUUGUCGAUUAUAUCUCUGAAUCAGAGUCUUGUGGGCCGAUGAUAGUUCUACAAACAUUUACACAUUUUCUCUGGGAAACCAGGCAUCCUAGUGAGUCUAGUCUGAGGGAGAUCAAGUGGAUUUUGAAAUGUGCUCUUCUCGGCAUCUUUACCGUUCAUAUGAAGGGCCUGGUUUAUGCUGAUCUUAAGAUGGAGAAUAAUAUGAUUGGUAGACUUAACCGCUCCAAUCCAAAUGAAAUGUCCGGGAUACCGUUGUCUGGUUGGCAGACUGUGGAGCGAGUCAGUGCCGCCAUGUCUCUAAUUUCAUUGUACUUUUCCGUUAUUUUCCCCGGAAGUAGUUAUAAAACCCUCAGACAAGGCAAUCAAUCACAUCUCUUACCUAUCGAAACCCCGAAGUUCAUUUUGCUCGCUCAGCUCCUCCAAGUCCCGAUCGACUUUAACCCCCCUGGACUCUACGGUUCAACCGGCCAAGUUGGCACUCUAGAGGGAAAGACCCAGCGUGACCUCAAUACGCUUCCCCUCAUGAAAAUCGUCCCAGGAGUGUAUGAGAUGGCCGGAAAGAAACUACGACAGAGACGACAGGCGCUCGUCAGCGUGAAGCAUGCGAAGGAAUACUCUCUAAAGAUGAACAACGGUUCGCUGCCGGCCAUUGAUACGACCAUAACUUCCGAUAUGCCUAUCAAGAUGGCUGCGAAAAUGUACGCUUUGAGAUGUUUCUGA